AUGUCAAAGUCCCAAAGGAAAAGGAAAGACUUGCUAGAUCAAGCUGUUAGAAGUUUGGCAGCAUCCGAUGGUGUGAUGCCAAGCUCCGAGCUUAUGAUAUCACCUGAAGGUAGCAAUUUACUGAUUGACAUUUGUCAUGAUUAUUCCACUCAUGUAACUCGAUCACUUUCCUCUGCUGCUGAAGAUUUUCCAUCCUCGCCUGUGACUCCAAGUAAGCCUCCAUCCAGUAAACGUGGAAAAACUGAAAAAUCUGGUGACGAUAUAAUAUCCACUCUUUCUGACCUGAUUAACAACAGGGCGGAUGGUAUGGAGAAACUGAUCAACAACAACGCUAUGAGAAUAGAAGGUCUAAAAAAGACUGUUGAUUUCGUUUGUGCAGAGGUAAAAGACUUGAAGAUAAAGAUGACUAAUGCAGAGAAAUGCAUUGAUGAAGAAAAACGUCGUCGCAGCAUGCUCGAGAACCGCAUACGGGAGCUGGAAGGGUACCACAGGAGAUGGAACCUGAAGUUGUAUGGAGUCCCUGAGAAAGCAGAUCAGAACGUACGAGCGGAAGUUAUUAAUAUUUGCCAGGAGGUGCUACCUGAGGGAAAGAUCAAGCUUCCAGAUGUGAUCGAUACUGUUCAUCACUUAGGUUCAAAAAUGCUCACUGACAAGCCGAGGCCUGUAAUUCUUCAAUUCACCAGCAGAGUGCACCGUGAUGCAGUUUGGAAGGCUGCUAGAAACAACUCGUACCCGCGUGAUAAGAAACUAUGCUUUGCUGAAGACUUCUGUGAGGAAGACAGAGAAAGGAGAAAAAAGCUGUGGCCUGCAAAUAAAAGUGCGAGGGAUGCAGGGAAAAAGGCAUACUAUGUCAGAGCCCGAGCAUUUGUUGAAGGCAAAGAAAUCAUUCUGCCACCUUGGAAGUUUGUCGUCCUGAGGCUGGCUAGUCCAGGAUCUUUUGUUGCAGAUCGGCCCAUGGUUUUUGUGCCUUAA